UCCAAAAUAAAGAAGUCCAAAAUAAACAAUAAAGAAAUAUGGGGCAACAUUCCUCAACUGCCCAGAUCAAAAAAUGAAUUCUCUCGAAACUUUGCUAAAAUGUUACUAUUAGCAGUAGAAGUGAUCAAGCGCGGAACUCAUAAAGUUUCUGUCUGUGUCCAUCAUGAGAAAAUUAAUCUAAAGUUGGAUGCUAUGGAUUUAGAGAAAAUGACUAAGGAUACUCAAUUACCUCUUAAAUCAUUCAAGGAUUGCAUAAAGUGUAUAAUGUGCAACAAUCCUAAUCCUGAUUGUCAUCUUAAUCAAUGUAGUCUAUGUCCGAAUGUAAGUGUAAUUAAACAUCACCUUAACACAUUAUUCCAUACAUACUUAAUUGAUUCAGUAGAAUUCCAAGUUUGGAAAGAAACUGAUAGGUGUACAUUAAAAACAGAAGUAGCGAAAAGAGAAGAUUUUAUUGAUCAACUUUGUGAUGGAUUGACUUCUUUCAAAAUAUGUCCCUAUUUAUAA